AUGCCUAGUGCACUCCCCACGCUCCUCCUGCUCUGCCCCGCCGGCGCCUUUGUCACGCUCCCACCGCUUCGAGCCGCUCACGUGGCGCCGAGACCGGCCGCAGUCCACGCCAAGGCCGGCGGAGGCCUCCGCCUGCUCGAGUGGAUCCCGUCCCAGAAGCUGCUCGUUGGCACUGCAAAGUUCACUUGGACGACGCUGUGGAAGACGAUGAUCAGCGAGCUCGCGCCGCAGUCGCCAGACGGCGAGUACGUUCGACCUGCGCCACAGCGCGGCUCCGGUGCGCGCUGGCCAGCAAACAAACCAAUGGUCGCCGGCCGCUAUCACGUCUACGUUGGCAACCCGUGCCCGUGGUGCCACCGCGUAUCCAUCACCCUGGCUCUGCGCGGCCUGGAUGGUGCCGUCGGUCUGACGCGCCUCGCCAACGACCCUGAGCGCGCGAGCCGCGGCGGCUGGUGCUUUGAUGACUCCGCGCCGGAUCCCCUCGUCGGCGCGGCCGACCUGAAGGCCGUGUACGACGCAGUCACGCCAGGAGGCGCCUACGAAGGCCGCUGCACCGCGCCGCUGCUCGUCGACCUUCAGGACGGCGAGAUCAUCUCCAACGAAUCGGCCGACAUCAUCCGCAUGCUCAACGAGUUCGACGAGCCGGCGGGGAGCAGCGCCGCCACCGUCGAUUUGUACCCCGCGGAGCUCGCCGCGGCGAUCGACGAGACCAACGCAUGGACGUAUGAGCUCGUCAACAACGGCGUCUACCGCUGCGGCUUCGCCACCCAGCAAGCGGCGUACGAGGCGGCAGAGCGGGACGUGCACGCUGGGCUGCGGCGGUGCGAGGAGGCUCUGGCCGGCUCGCGCUUCCUGUGCGGGUCGCGCGUGAGCGAGGCGGACGUGCGGCUGCUGCCGACCGUCGUGCGCUUCGACGGCGUCUACGCGCCCUUCUUCCGCUGCGGCCGCUUCCAGGUGCGCUCCGACUACCCGCGGCUGCAGCGCUGGUGCGGCGAGAUGCUGCGCCUCACGGGGCCAGGCCUCUUCGACCUCGACGACGCGAGGCGCGGCUACUACACUGACCUCUUCCCGCUCAACCCGGGAGGGAUCGUGCCGGCGGGGCCGUCGCCCGCAGACUUGGGCUGGCCAAGCGGCGGGGAGGCGGUGGCGGAGCGCGACGAGAGCGCCUUUGCGAGGAAGCGCGUCGCCGUCGAGGCCGCAGAGUGA